AUGAGGCAAAGAAGGUGGUUGGAAUUGAUGAAAGACUAUGACUGUACCAUUAGCUACCACCCAGGCAAGGCAAAUGUGGUAGCUAACGCAUUGAGUAGGAAGUCUCAGGGGAUUUCAGCAGCACUUCUAACUAGUCAGCCACACCUACUAGAGGAUAUACGGAGUCUUGACCUAGAGAUUAUAGUGAAAAAUACCACAUCCUUGAUGGCAGCUUUGACAGUACAACCAACAUUGAUUGACAGGAUCAAGUCUGUGCAAGGGAAUGAUAUGUCCUUAGAGAGAAUUAGGAAGGAAGUUCAAGAAGGCAAGAAGCCAGAUUUUUCUGUGUCCAUUGAUGGGACUUUGAGAUUCCGAGACCUUAAGGGCAACUGGGGUGAUCACCUACCAAUGGUGGAGUUUGCAUAUAACAAUAGUUAUCAGGCCACCAUUGGUAUGGCACCAUAUGAGGCUCUUUAUGGUAGGAAGUGUAGAUCUCCAAUAUGUUGGGAUGAGGUAGGAGAAAGGAGGUUGUUAGCACCAGAGAUUUUACAAAGGACCCGUGAUAAGGUCGAGUUGAUUCAGAAGAGGAUCAAGACAGCCCAGAGUCGACAGAAAAGCUAUGCAGAUAUCGAAAGGAAGACUCUAGAAUUUGAGGUGAGAGAUAUGAUAUUUCUCAUGGUGUCACCUAUGAAGGGAGUCAUGAGGUUUGGGAAAAAGGGCAAGUUGAGCCCUAGAUAUGUGGGACCGUUUGAAAUCCUAGAUAGGAUUGGGAAAGUGGCUUAUCGAGUUACAUUACCACCUGCCUUAUCUAGUAUGCACAACGUAUUUCAUGUAUCUAUGCUCAAAAAGUAUGUAACAGACCCUUCCCAUGUGCUAGGAUAUGUACCUCUACAGUUAAAGGAGGAUUUGUCUUAUGAAGAAGUACCUAUAUAG